CCCGGUGUCCCCCUGCCCCGCUGUCCCRCAGGGGCUAUUCCAGGGAUGCCGAGGGCAGCUGGUUCCGCUCCCUCUUCGUGCACAAGGUGGACCCACGCAAGGACGCGCAUUCACCUCCUGUCCAAGAAGGAGACCAGCAACCUCUACAAGAUCCAGUUUCACAAUGUGAAGCCAGAAUGCCUGGAAGCCUACAACAAGCUGACAGAGGAGGUGCUGCCCAAGCUCCACUCGGACCCCGGCUACCCCUGUGACCUGGUGGGCAACUGGAACACGUGGUACGGCGAGCAGGACCAGGCAGUGCACCUGUGGCGCUUCUCAGGCGGGUACCCRGCGCUCAUGGACUGCAUGAGCAAGCUCAGGCAGAACAAGGAGUACCUGGACUUCCGCAAGGAGAGGAGCCGGAUGCUGCUGUCCCGCAGGAACCAACUGCUGCUGGAGUUCAGCUUCUGGAACGAGCCCCAGCCCCGCCAGGGACCCAACAUCUACGAGCUCAGGACCUACAAGCUGAAGCCAGGGACCAUGAUUGAAUGGGGCAACAACUGGGCUCGGGCCAUCAAGUACCGCCAGGAGAACCAAGARGCAGUCGGGGGCUUCUUCUCGCAGAUCGGGGAGCUCUACGUGGUGCAUCACCUCUGGGCCUACAGGGACCUGCAGUCCCGGGAGGAGACGAGGAACGCGGCCUGGAGGAARAGGGGCUGGGAUGAGAACGUUUAUUACACCGUCCCGUUGAUCCGGACCAUGGAAUCACGGAUAAUGAUUCCCCUGAAGAUCUCACCCCUGCAGUAAUGGGGGGCCCUGCCUGCACCCCGGCCCUGCUGGGGAAGGGCUGCAGGGGCUCUGCUCCCCCCCAGCUCCCAGCUGUCCCCUCCACCCCGAUUUGGGGUGUUCUGGGGGUGAUGAGAGCAGGGAGGGGAAGGGGGGAGCCCCCCAUCCUGCGGUGGGUGCCCAGGAUGGUGCUGCCGGGGGAGCUGGCCAGGCUGCAGAGGUCGGGGGGGGCCUUAAUUGCUCCUGAUGAGCCCAGCGGGUGCCUUUGCUGCCAAUUAAAUAUUUAAUAUGCCAAAGCCUG